AUGGAACACUGUAGCAAAAAAAUUGAAGAAUUAUUAAAAGAUAAACUAUGUAUAAAUUCAGAAAAUGAUGAAAAUAAUUAUUUGGUGAAAAAAUUAUUAAAUAAUGUUGUUGAUAUUGUUAAAUUAACAAAUCGGCUUUCUCUUAAUUGCUUGUAUAAAAAUGGAUUAGAUAUAAUAUCAAAUAAUUUAGAAAUUAAAGAUUUAAAAAAUAAUUUAUUAAAAACUAUUUAUGAUUUAUUACUCUAUAGUAGUAGUGAUAAAACAAAAAAUAUUUUAAAAAUUAGCUAUGAAAAUGAUUUUUCAAUCUUACAAAAUAACUAUCAUAUUAUAUCAUCAAUAUUAGAAGAUAUAUUCAAUAGAUCGAAUGAUUGCUUUAGAUUUUUUGAUGUAGAAAAUAAAGAUAAAUCUAUUUUUACUUGUAAAUAUUUAAAAAAUUUAAAUUCCCAAAAUAUAAAUAAUUUAUAUAAUAAAAAUAACUGUUUUAAUGAAAACAUUCCUAUUGAAAAAGAUCAAAAAAUAAGCAUUAAAUCACAGAAUGUUAAAGAUGAAGAAGAAAAAAAAAAAAAAAAAAAGAAAGAUAACAAAAUUAUUACCUUAAAUGAAUUAGAAGAAAAAGAAAAUGAGAACAAAUCUAAAGAAAUAAUUAAUGUAAAUCAAUAUGAAGAUCAAGAUAAGAUCAAAGAAGAAAUAGAAGACAAUAAUAUAAAUAGUGAGAUAAAUAGUACAGAUGAUGAUGGAGAAAACGAGAAAGAAAAAAAUAAUUUUAAGGAAAUAAUAAUUAUAGAAAAUGAAAAUGAGAAAAAGGAAAAUUAUGAUAAAAAUAGUAUAAAAAAUAGUUUUGAAAAUGUAAAAAAAGUUAUAGAUAAAAAUUCAAAGAAAAAUAAAAGUAUGUUUAGAAAAAAGAAGAAAGAAAAGGAUAAUAUAAAAAAAAAUAAUAUUUUUACAGUUAAGGGCAAUCUACAUAAAGUUCAAAAUUCUUGGCUACAUUUAACAAAUAAUUAUGCAAAAUUUUUUAUUCCUCGUAUUCUUUUUAAAUAUAAUAAAUUAAUGGAUUUAGACCAAAAUUUAAAGGAAGCAGUAAAAGUUCAAGAAUAUUAUAUAAAAAAAAAAAAGUUAUUAUUAUAUUAUCAUGAAAGUUUUAAGAACAACGAAUUAAAAUAUAGCAGUAGUGAAAUUAUUGAUGAAAUAUUUAAUGAUAACGAGUUAAACGAAAUGAGUGAAAUUAAAAAUGAAGAAACAUAUAAUAUAAAUUCUUAUUGUAGCACAGAAUGCUCCUCUGUUUUAAAAUAUAAUGGAGUUAUUGAUGAAGAUUUUUUUAGUAAAAUGUUAAAAAAAUUACAUAAAGAUAUAAAUAAAUAUUAUUAUAGAUUUUAUAAUUUGAGUCAUCCAUAUGAAUAUGAAAUAAAUAAUAUAAUUCAAUUAUACAAGAAAGGUGAUAAAGACAUUUUAAAGUUUUUGGAAGUAAACUAUGAAUUAACAAAUCCUUUAGGAAUAAAUGAAAAGAAAUAUGAAGUAAUAGAUAACAAAGAUGAUUUAAUAAAAAUGAUAAAUACUAUUAAAUUAGAAAAUGAUAGAAUCUCAAUAAUGGUUAGAAUAAAUUAUAAAAAAUCUUAUCGUGGUUUUGUCUCAUUAAUUUUAGUAGGAACAAAAACAAUUGAUUAUAUAAUAGACGUUUUUAAUAUGUUUGAAGAUAUAUUUUUACUAAAUGAAAUAACGACAGAUCCUAGAAUUUUGAAAAUUACUUACGAUUUAAAAAAUGUUAUAUUAUUUUUACAAAAAGAUUUUUCUGUUUAUUUAGUAAACGCUAUUGACAUCUUAAUAUGUUCAAAUUACCUAAAUUUGAAAAAUACCUUAUCAAAUUUAGUUCAUAAUUACUUUAAUGUAAAUGUGAAUAGUAUUCGUUCAUAUUCUAAUUUUUUAACUAGGCCACUGACACCAGAUGUAAUUAAUAUUUUAAGAAGCAGCUUUUAUUAUUUGUAUUAUUUAUUUGAUUACGUCAAAAUAGAUUUAUAUUUCAAUUAUAUAUUUAAUAGUUACAAAAAUGAUUUGAAAAUUGAUUUGAAACAAGAGGAUUUAGAUAAUAAUAGUAAAGAUGAAAUUAAUAAUGAAGCAAAAAUUUAUAGAGAAAAAGUUGAUAAAAAUGAAAUAAAAAAUAUUGAAAAUUGUAGUGAUAAAAACAACAAAGUAAAUGAUGUAAGUAAUUUAGAAGUUAAUGUCUUAUAUGAUAAUGAUAUUAUAAAUAAAAAAAAUAUAUAUGUGAAUUUUGAAAAAAUAAAAUUUUAUGAUUUAUCAGAACACGAAAAAAAGUAUGGUGAAGAAAUUAUGAAAAAAGUAUUUAUUGAUAGUAAUAAUGUAUGCUUGACUAAAAUUGAAAUAAAAGAAGUAUGUGAUAUUAUCAAAACAAAUGAACAAAUUAAAAAAAUUAUAAAAAACUCUUAUAAUUCUAAUUGUUGUGAUAAUUUAAUAAAUAAUUUAUUAGUAUGGAGGGAAAAUCUAUCAAAAAAAGUUGACGAACCUCCUGACAAUAUUAUUAAUAUUCAUAAUAUUAUAUCCAUUAUCUUAAAUAUGCCUACAUCUAUAUCAAGUUUAAAAAAUAACAUUGUUCCAUUAUCAAAUGUAAUAUCAGAAAAUCUAGAAACAUUAUUUGAAAUUAUUACUAAAUCAAAUAUCAAAAAACCCAAUUCUCACUUUUAUUUAAAUUAUAUUCAAAAUGAUACGGCAAAUAAUAAUUGUAUUGGAGAAGAAAUUACUCCUAUUAAGUAUUCUAUGAAUAAUAAAAAAAUAAACAAUGAAAAUUAUAAAGAUUCCAUUAUUUUGCCUAAUUUAUAUUUUCAAAGUAUAUGCCAAGAAAAUAAAAUACAAUCAAAUGAACAAAAUUUCAAUCAUUUAAAUAGUCAAAAUAUAAUUCAAUACGAUCAACAAAAUGUAUAUCAUGUAAACAGUAAAAAAGCAACUUUUGCUUUGGAAAAAACAUUUUUUAGUGAAAGCGAAGAAGAUAAUAUGUUUAAAAAUAAAAAUAAUAAUACUAAAAAUGAAAGUUACAUUCUCUUAUCUUCUUUAAUUAACUCUAUGAAAGAGCGAAAUGAAAAAAUAUCAAAGUUUAAUCAAAAUAAACAUAUUAAAAAAAUAACAACUGAAGUACCAACAAAAAAAAGUAUUGAUAAAAAAAAAAAAAAGAAUAAUAAUAGUAGGAAAAAAAAAAAAACAGUCAACCAGUCAUAUAAUCAACAGUAUAAUAUUAAAAAAAGUAAAGUACAAUACUCAAAAAAUAUUUUAAAUGAAAUGAACUAG